AUGUCUGCAGAGAGUGUCCGGCGGCCGGAAUCGGCGGUUUCGUCGGGAACCCCUCCAGAAGAACAUUUUCCGACAGCUGCAGGUGCGUCUUCCCCGACUGUGACCACUCAGCUUGGUGAGAGAGGGGAACUUAGUACCGGAACCACGAGCCGAAGGUCAGUGUGUCCCCUUUUGAGUGGAGAAGAUGCAGCCCCAGCACUUUCGCCCGAGUUCAGUGCUAGACACCUGGCAAGCGAGCUAUUGCUGGAAUCACAAAUGGGAUUGGACUAUUCUGGACCAGAAGCUUCAAGGCAGGAAGUGGAUUCGUUGAAAAUCGUACCUGAUUCGACGGAAGGUUUGGUACCACACGUCGAAGAACAUGAACGCAGUUGGAUGGUUCCUGCAAGGAACGGGAGCGCUCCUGGAUCUCAAGAGGCUGAGAAUUUACCGGGUGGAAGCUCCCCUAAAGAGCACGACUUUCUUUCUGAUCUGUUGGCUGACCUUCAUGCAGAGGCUGGUGCGAAUAAGAAAAGUACACUGGAGCAUCGCUUGCCUCAUCGAUCUCAUGAUGAGCAGCAUCAUACUCUGAACGCGUGGGAUUUUGCGGCUCUUUACGGUGAUGCCACCCCUGAUGUCGUUGCUGCGAUUAUUUCAUCAAGUGAGGGCCUUGUACCGGACGACGGGAGUAUUCGACCAGAGACAAUAUUUUCAAUGAGCGACGGCAACCAGGUCAUAGUUCGGGGCGCAUCGGAUUCUCUGCAGGAUCAAAAUUGGCUCAACGAAACUUUAUACCUCCAGAUAUCUACGGAUCCAUCGCAUAGUGGAUUUCAGUACGCCGCGAGGCCGCGGAGCAGCUCCAGCAUUGGAGACGAGCACUCUCAGUUCUCUAUCGGCUGUAGUCCCCUUGUCCAAGAGGUAACCUCGUCCCAGUGCACGGUGGGUAACUCGAAGAGGGGCGAUGUGGAAGCGGAUCUGUCUGGUGAAGGUUUGCAUCAAAUGCUCCUUGGGGAACGUGUUAGAACCAGUUCGUUUCAUAUACCCGGUCACGAUACUGGGAAUCAGUGUCCAAAGUCCUGGAAUUUUAUUCGGGGAGAAUCCGGCUCGUCCGGAAUGCCAGAAGUGCGCCGUGAUCCGUUGGUGGUCGUUCAAAACCCGAAACGCCGUCGCAGGCUAAAAGACCAGCCCAGUGACGACCUGGAGUCAAAUCAGCACUCCGUGCAUGAACCGAGCCCUGAGCGAAAAGAUCGAAAUGACCCACCUAGCAGUUUAGAAUGGUGUCACAUAGAAGCGUUGAAGACCAAACUCGGGCUUCCAAAAGCUCGGCUUGAACAACACCCUCUACUGGGACAUUUUCAGAUGCGUUCUGUCGAUAACAUUGUUGAGGACCGCCUGCAUGAUAGACCGUUAUCAGAGAGAGGUUUGUGUCUCGGAAGUGAAAACUUCCCAAUCCCUGAAACCGAGAAGAUUGAGCCAGAAUUUUCUGGAAAUGGAACAGUCAACGAAACAGGCAGUUUGGGCGCGGAGAGCGGCAAGCUGGCGGAUUCGGCCUCCAUUAUGCGAAAGCGGCGCCUUGUGUGGACACCGCAGCUGCACGAACGAUUUGUCAAAGCAGUGAAUUUGAUCGGCGUAGACCAAGCCAUGCCCAAGAUACUCGUCAGUUUAAUGAAUGUGGAAGGCCUCACCCCAGAGCACGUGAAGAGUCACCUGCAGAAGUACAGGCGUAAUCUUCGCCGAGCCAAGAGUGAACAGAGAACUGUGGAGUCUCUGGCAAAUUCCGAUACGGCUCGCCAUGAGCAAACCCAGUUGGCGGCGACGCUGAAAGAUGAUACUGAACCACUAGGUACGUCAUCACCGUUACAUUUGCAGUUGGGAGCGAUUGAGCAACCAGGAUCUGGAGAACCGUUCGAAGCGCGCCGUGGAGUUGCCGACAAUGUGCACGACUCCGUUACAAAAGUAGCGGAUGCCUGCGCGGGAGAAGAUUCCACUGUUUCGCAUAGAGGCUACGCUAAUUUUAAGCAGAACAAGGAGGAUGAUUUUACAAGAGACUUGAAUUCCCACGAAACAAACGCUUUUGUCUUGAAAGGCCAGAACUGUAAUCAAGCUCGGUUCGACGAAACUGACUUUGAGAAUACCUCCCGAAAUAUCAGCGCAGGAGAGGUGACAAGCGAAGCCCAAAGGCCUGCCUCACUGCAGUGCAAGGAACGAAUGAACGCGAACACACUUUCGCAGUGUCUGUUGUCCGCUAAGGCUCGUAUGUCGGAUUUACUUAAGCAGCAAAUAGAUCUUCUAAGAGAAAUGAGGCUUUGCGAUGCGCCGCACCGCGAAAAGUUGCAAGCAAAAUGUGAAGCUCUUGAAAGCGCUUUGGCAGAUAUCGAGGGAAUGCUAGAGCUGGGAGUAGAGGGUCAUUUGAGCGAGUGA